UUGGAUUAUAGUGUUGCGCGCUGGUCUUCCACGGGGCUUUUUCCCUCUCUCACGUUGCCUGCACCCUCUCCACUCACCGGCCAUUGAUACAUGAUCGGAAUCAAUUGACACAUGAUCGGAAUCAAUUGAUACAUGAUCGGAAUCAAUACCUCGCGCAGCACGGUGACCUCUGCUGAGCUUUUGGGAAACAACCGUCUGCCGCCGCUGAUUCCUCGCCGGACGCGUGUUGUGAAUUAAUAGCCAAGACCGCCUCACCUGGAGUGUUUGUGUGUACUGAAGUGUGUGUGAGAGAGUGUGUGCGUGUGUUUCUGUGGAUCAGGUCAGGGUUUGAGGUGUUCCACCAGCACACACACAUAUUUAGACUGCAUACACACAAGCGUAUAGCGCACACCGCGGAGAUUUGCGCACCGCAUGCCGGGGACAUGUGGAAGUUUGCUCCGCUGUAGCGCAGCGAGAGAGCUGCUCCGCCGCCUCGUCGACCUCCCCUCUCCCUGCCCAGGGGGGACCCAGCUCCCGGCUCACAGCGUCCACACGCAGAAACCCCUCCGAGGACACCCAAAUGUAAAUUCAGCACGAGGAAGCUCACAAACAUACGUGUGAAACACGGAGGACAGCGAGAAGGAGAACGACAUAGUUCAUAGAGCCAGAGUUAGGUGAGCUCUUUCAGGGAUUUUUUUUUUUUAAUUUUUAAACGCCCUUGCAUUUCCUCGCUGUUUUUGUGGGUCUCAUAUUGGCCCCCCACUUGCCGCAGUGAUGGUGGGAGCUCUGUGCCCCGUUGGCCCUGGCCGCUCCCCGGCGACUGCUUCUGGUCUGCUGCCGCUGCUGGUGACGGCCGUCCUGGUCCUGGUGCUGUCCAGCGGAGCAGAUGGCCAGCCCUGCCCGACCCAGUGCUCCUGCACCGGCACCACAGUGGACUGCCACGGCCAAGGGCUCCGCAGCGUGCCCAGGAACAUACCCCGCAACACGGAGAGACUGGACCUGAACGCAAACAACCUCACUAAGAUCACAAAGACGGAUUUUGCAGGACUGAGGCAUCUGCGAGUGCUGCAGCUAAUGGAGAACAAAAUCUUCACCAUCGAGAGAGGAGCCUUCCAGGACCUGAAGGAGCUGGAGAGACUGCGCCUGAAUCGGAAUAAUCUGGCCAUCUUUCCUGAGCUGCUUUUCCUGGGAACGACGAAGCUCUACAGACUUGAUCUCAGCGAGAACCAGAUCCAGGGGGUCCCAAGGAAAGCCUUCAGGGGAGCUGUGGAGAUCAAGAACCUCCAGUUGGACUACAACCACAUCAGCUGCAUUGAGGAUGGAGCUUUCCGAGCGCUGCGUGACCUGGAAGUGCUCACCCUCAACAACAACAACAUCAGCCGACUGUCUGUGGCCAGUUUCAACCACAUGCCGAAGCUCAGGACCUUUCGCUUGCACUCCAACAACCUGCAGUGUGACUGUCACGUGGCCUGGCUGUCGGAGUGGCUGCGACAACGCCCCCGUCUGGGUCUCUACACACAAUGCAUGGCCCCGCCACACUUGAGGGGUCACAACGUGGCGGAGGUGCAGAAGAAGGAGUUUGUGUGCACAGGUCACCAGUCGUCAUCGUCCACGUCCUGCAGUGUGUUACAGUGCCCGGAGUCGUGCACCUGCAGUAACAACAUAGUGGACUGCAGAGGGAAGGGACUGACAGAAAUACCCACCAACCUGCCUGAAACCAUUACUGAGAUCCGACUGGAGCAGAACGCCAUCAAGGUGAUCCCAGCUGGAGCCUUUUCUUCUUAUAAGAAGCUGCGUAGGAUAGAUUUGAGUAACAACCAGAUAUCGGAGCUGGCCGCGGACGCCUUCCAAGGUCUGCGCUCCCUCAACUCUCUGGUACUAUAUGGGAACAAGAUCACUGAGAUCUCCAAAGGACUGCUUGAGGGACUAUUUUCUCUGCAGCUGUUGUUACUGAAUGCCAACAAGAUAGCGUGUCUGCGAGUGGAUGCCUUUCAGGACCUCCACAACCUCAAUCUGCUCUCGCUCUACGACAACAAGCUCCAGACCAUCGCCAAGGGGACCUUCGCCUCGCUGAGAGCCAUUCAAACGCUUCACUUGGCCCAGAACCCGUUCGUCUGUGACUGCCAUCUGAAGUGGCUGGCUGACUACCUGCAGGACAAUCCCAUCGAGACCAGUGGUGCUCGCUGCACCAGCCCGCGGCGGCUCGCCAACAAACGAAUCGGACAAAUCAAGAGCAAGAAGUUCCGCUGCUCAGGUACCGAGGAUUACCGCAGCAAGCUCGGAGGGGACUGCUUCGCCGACUUGGCCUGCCCCGACAAGUGUCGCUGCGAGGGCACCACGGUCGACUGCUCCAACCAGAAACUCACCAAAAUACCAGAUCACAUCCCCCAGUACACCGCAGAGCUGCGCCUCAACAACAAUGAGUUCUCUGUGCUCGAGGCGACGGGGAUCUUCAAAAAGUUGCCUCAGUUGAGGAAGAUUAACCUGAGCAAUAACCGUAUCACCGACAUAGAGGAGGGGACAUUUGAAGGAGCCUCCGGGGUCAACGAGCUGAUUCUCACCUCCAACAGACUGGAUAACGUGCACCACCGCAUGCUGAAGGGACUGAGUGGCCUCCGCACACUUAUGCUGAGGAGCAAUCGUCUCACCUGUGUGAGUAACAGCAGCUUCGUGGGGUUGAGCUCGGUGCGUCUCCUGUCGCUCUACGACAACCAGAUCACCUCUAUGAACCCUGGAUCCUUUGAGACACUGGUCUCCCUGUCCACGCUAAAUCUUCUGGCCAAUCCCUACAACUGUAACUGUCACCUGGCUUGGCUCGGCGACUGGCUGAGGAAGAAGCGCAUCGUCACUGGGAACCCUCGCUGCCAGAGCCCUUACUUCCUGAAGGAGAUCCCCAUCCAGGACGUAGCUGUCCAGGACUUUGCCUGUGAAGAUGGUAACGACGAGAACAGCUGCUCUCCGGUGCUGAGGUGUCCCGCGGAGUGCUCCUGCCUGGACACUGUGGUGCGCUGCAGCAACAAGGGGCUCAGCACGCUGCCCAAAGGCCUCCCCAAAGAGACCACUGAGCUGUACCUGGAUGGUAACCACUUCACUCAGGUUCCUGUGGAGCUCUCCGAAUACAAACACUUAACGCUGAUUGACUUGAGUAACAACCAGAUCAGCACAUUGUCCAACCACAGCCUCAGUAACAUGUCCGAGCUGCUUACCCUAAUCCUCAGCUACAACCGACUGCGCUGUAUCCCGGUGAGAGCGUUCGAUGGACUCAAGUCUCUACGUCUGCUGUCUCUCCACGGUAACGACAUAUCCCUGAUACCAGAGGGAGCUUUCAAAGACCUGUCAUCACUCUCCCACUUGGCUCUGGGUGCCAACCCGCUGUUCUGUGACUGCCACAUGCAGUGGCUGUCAGACUGGGUGAAGAGCGGCUACAAGGAGCCUGGCAUCGCCCGCUGUGCCGGGCCCGGAGACAUGACCGACAAACUGCUGCUCACCACGCCAUCCAAGAAGUUCACCUGCACAGGUCCAGUAGACAUGAGUAUCCAGGCCAAGUGUGAGCCCUGCCUGUCCAACCCCUGCAAGAACGACGGCACCUGCUCCAACGACCCCGUGCACUAUUACCGCUGCACCUGCCCCUACGGAUAUAAGGGCCCAAACUGCGAGGAGCCCAUUCACGCCUGCAUUGGGAACCCCUGCCAGAAUAGUGGAACCUGCCAUCUGAAGGAAGGAGAAGAGAGCAACUUCUGGUGUGUGUGUCCGGAGGGCUUCGAAGGCGACGCAUGUGAGAUCAACAUCGAUGACUGUGAAGACAACGACUGUGAGAACAACUCCACCUGCGUCGAUGGAAUCAACAACUACACGUGCAUGUGCUCCCCAGAAUACACAGGGGAGCUGUGUGAAGAGAAACUGGAUUUCUGUGCUCCGGAGCUGAACCCGUGUCAGCACGACUCAAAGUGCAUUCUGACCCCACAGGGAUACAAGUGUGAGUGUACUCCGGGCUACGUUGGUGAUAACUGUGACCUGGACUUUGACGACUGUGAAGAGAACAAGUGUCAGAACGGAGGUCAGUGCAUCGAUGCCAUCAACGGAUACACCUGCGUCUGUCCAGAGGGAUACAGCGGGUUAUUCUGUGAGUUCUCUCCCCCGAUGGUCCUCCCCCGCACCAGCCCCUGCGACAACCACGAGUGUCUGAACGGGGCGCAGUGCGUCAUCGUGGAAACCGACCCCCGCUGCCAGUGUCUCCAGGGCUACGAGGGCGAGAGCUGCGAGACGCUCGUCAGCGUCAACUUUGUAAACCGCGAAUCCUACCUGCAGCUUCCCUCAAGUCUCCUCUCACCACAGACCAACAUCAGCCUUCAGAUCGCCACAGAUGAGGACAGCGGCGUGUUAUUGUACAAAGGGGACAAUGACCACAUUGCCAUGGAGCUGUACAGGGGACGCCUGCGGGUCAGCUACGACACCGGGUCCUACCCUCCUUCUGCCAUAUACAGUGUGGAGACAGUGAACGAUGGCAGUUUUCAUGCAGUGGAAUUAGUAGCAUCAGACCAGACUCUGUCUCUGUCCAUCGACGGUGGGACGCCCAAAUCCAUCAACUCCAUCAGCAAACAAUCCACGCUCAACAUAGACUCUCCACUUUACCUGGGAGGGAUGCCGGAGCGUGCGUCAGCCUCGGGGGGGCUGUCGGCCCUGCAGCACAGCUCAGGUGGACGAAACGGCACCAGCUUCCACGGCUGCCUCCGUAACCUGUACAUAAACGGGAAGCUCCAGGACCUGGGGGCUGGGUUGGGGCCAGGGGCUCCAGGCUCUGGGACUGCACAGAGCACCACCAGUCAGUGGCUGGGCCAAGGAGUGGAGCCAGGCUGCCAGCCAUGCCAGACAGGUGCCUGUCUCCAGGGGGACUGCCACGCCACAGGUCACCGAGGCUUCACCUGCACCUGCCACCCGGGCUGGACGGGAGCACUAUGUGACCAGCAAGUUAACAACCCCUGUGACGGCAAUAAGUGUAUCCAUGGCACGUGCCUUCCAAUCAACUCCUACUCGUACUCCUGCCGCUGCCAGCCUGGUUUCGCCGGCGUCCUCUGCGAUGAGCAGGACCAGGACCCUGCUAACCCCUGCAGUCUGUCUCGCUGCAAACACGGCAAAUGCAGAGUGUCAGGCCUGGGUAAAGCAUACUGCGAGUGUAACAGUGGAUACACAGGAGAGGCGUGCGACAGAGAGGUGGCCUGCCGAGGGGAACGGAUCCGAGAUGUCUACCAGAGACAGCAAGGCUACGCGGCGUGCCAAACCCAGGAGAAGGUCUCCCGCCUAGAGUGUCGGGGCAGCUGCACGGGGGGAGCCGAAGGACAAGGCACCUGCUGCACCCCCCUCCGCAGCAAACGCAGGAAAUACACCUUCCAGUGCACCGACGGCUCGUCUUUUGUCCAGGAAGUGGAGAAAGUGGUCAAGUGCGGCUGUACAAAGUGCCCCUCGUAAAGAAAAAAAAAAGGAAAGAAAGGAAAAAAAGAGACGAUACCCAUGGCAGAUUUCCUCCUCGCCAGAUAUGUUCUGUGUUCCUGCCCGCCUUACUUGACCCCCGUCUCCCGAUUCUUCCAGCCUCUACAGUCCUCCCCCCACCAACCCAUGUUUUUUUUUAAAAACCCUGAAAAAAGUAAUAAAAAAGAACAAGAGAAAAAAAAAAAGGUUUCUUUUCUUGUCAGUGCUGGACUGAUGAUUGAUGCUUCCUCGGUGGGGAUGUUGAAUUGUAUUGUAAAGUACAAAAACAGACUUAUUUUUUAUUAUGAAGUGGAGAAAAAGACAAAAAAAAACUAAACACAAGCAUUGACUUUUUCCUGACACCUUCCUCUUUUCGUUUGGUCACAACGACUCCGAUGAUGUGCCACACUGUCUCUUCCCCCUGAGGACGGACCGGUCACUGGCAGCCGACCGCUUCCUGUAGACUUCCUGCUUCCUGUCUGUGAGUCGUGCGUUUUAGGAGUUAACCUUUGUCGGUAGUACCACAGACUCACCACAGAGAGGAGCUGCGUUGCGGCACGGGAGAGGGCCUCUGUACCCCUCACCACCACCACCACCAACAUCACCAACAACACAAGAAACCACCACAACAGUCUCCCAUUACAGGCCUCCUGAACCCUCCGAGACUGUGUGCACGACCUUGCACACAGCCGUGCUCAAGCUUGUGGUAUUUUAUACAGCUACUGAACAACACACCCACACAAACACACACACAUGCAUAUGUUCUCACCCAUAGAAGAGUCACACACCUUUCUUGCAAGGUUAAAUAUACUACUCUCUGUUUACUGCCCCACUCCAGUCAUGACAAGUAUUUAUUGUAUCAUAAAUACCUGUACCUAUUCAGUAGAUCCCCCAUGUAUCAAUCUGAUUCUUUUAAUAUAUAUUAAUUUAUAUUUGUCCUUAUUUUUGUAUUAAAAAGACAUAAUCUGUCAAGAUAGCUGAACUAACAAGAUGGUGUCCUUUAUUUUGGUUGAAGAGAAGUUGUGUUUUUUUUCUGUUUUGUUUUUUGAUCGCUGAAACUAUUGUGCUUGCCAGAGACCUAAGUUACAUUUUAAUCUGCAAAUGUGACGUGAAGACAUUGUAUAUUUUUGUCGCGUUUCCUGAGAGUUUGUACUGUGCCAUUGCCAGAAGGUCUUUAUAUUAGAGUAUAAAUGUAUAGAUAAUUUCCCUACCUAUGUAUUUCACACACAGAUCUUGUGCGUAGCAUUGACCCUUAGAGGAUUCUUAGAACUGUUUUUACCUUUUUAACAGAUUUAUGCUUUAAGAAAACUGUGACUUUUUCUAAAUGAAACUACUUUGUUAGCCCCUUGGUCUCCGAUGUUAACAUGUUGCUGCUAAGUUUUUGUACCGUAGACUUGGAUCCUGAUCUGUAUGUUAUAUAGAACCUCCUGCCCCUACUGUGCGGGGGGCACCUUGUGUAACAGAUAAAUAUGUCCCCCCUCCACCUCUACACAUGUGCAUUGUGCUUUAUAUUCCCUCUCUUCUCCAUCCCCAGACUAAUGUCAGUUCCCUGACUGAUGUUUGUUUAUUAAACACAAUAUUUACCUCA